CCACUUGUUGCUAGGGAGAUUGUUUGAUGCUAGCCACAGCGGAAGUAGGUAGUCCUAAAAUACCAACAGAGGUACCUGUCACUUUUUAGGGUAAACAGAGAUGCAAGUUAAGUAGCUAAUGUUGUGACACGUCAUGUGAUUGCUACUUUAUGUUAUGUAACAAGGUGAUUAUACAUGUGUAAUAGCAGCCGGGUCUCAAAACACAAGGUAGCUAACAGCUAACGUCAUAAGGACGAAGAUAGGCGCAACUGUACGAGAGGAGGGAGGUACCCUGCCUGCCACCUAACGUUGUCGUUCUUGCGUGUGUUAGCCAGCCCAGCGAGCUUUCUCGACUCUGUCAUUCACCUUCAGCAGCACCCUCAAGAAGUAGUUGUCCUGUCAACGGUGGGGUGAUGCCUAAAGCUUGUGUUCAUCGUCUCCGGUCUGUUGAAUUUCCAAGAACAAAAAGGCAUUGCGCGGUGCGAGUCGACAUCACUUCUCUAGUCUUGGGAGGAUGGAGUGGUUGCCGUGGGCUAGCAAGUCCUGAUUUUUAUUUUUUUCCAUUAACAUGUGCUUAAUGCAAAUGUAGGAAUGGGAAGAUGACAACCUUAUGAAGAACAAAGCUUUGAGCACAAACUGGACUCUCUCAGAGUGGAAACCCCAUCUUGGAUCUUAUAUGCCUUUUAAACAUUCAGAAUCCUGUUGAAGACCCUUUCCCCUCACUAUCUUUAACCACUUUUUAUGUUCAUGUAUCUAUCUCCGUCUUCUAGUGCAAGUACAGAAGUAUUGAUCCAAGGUAGUUGGUUCCGCUUUUGUUUUUAUUUUUUACUUUCACCUUUUGUUCCUUUGUAAAGAAAUGCUUUACCUGAAAAAGUACUUCACAGAGGGCCUGAUUCAGUUCACCAUCCUUCUGAGUCUCAUUGGGGUGCGGGUGGACCUUGACACCUAUCUAAGCAAUCAGCUGCCCCCUCUGAGAGAGAUCAUCCUGGGCCCUAGCUCAGCCUACACCCAGACACAGUUUCACAACCUGCGCAACACGCUGGACGGCUAUGGCAUCCAUCCAAAGAGUGUGGACCUCGACCAUUUCUUCACCACUCGGCGGCUGCUGAACCAGGUGCGCCAGCUGGAUCGCCUCUCUGUGCCCAGUACCGAGCUCAACACCUGGCUAGUGCAUCGUGACUCUGAGACUGUGGUGUCCGCCAGCAGCCAGUCCAGCCCCAGCAUCACCCUGGACAAUGGGGCCGGCUUAGAGGACGUUAACAACCCUGACGCUACCCCGGCCAUGAGGGGAGGAAGUGGAGCACCUGAAUCCACGUACAACCUGAACGCAGCGGAUAGCAGCCUGGGAGCUGUGGCCCCAGAGGGCAACCAGGAGCAGGGCAGCAGGGAUGGCAAUGACGACCUCACCAAAGAGGACAUUGACUUGAUUGACAUCCUAUGGCGACAGGACAUCGACCUUGGUGCAGGAAGAGAAGUGUUCAACUACAGCAACCGUCAGAAGGAGAGUGAGGAGGAGAAGCCCAGCCCACACGAGAACAAAGACGGGAAUGAGGAACAAGAGAGCUGGAGAAAUGGCGUAAACUUACAAGGAGCUCAGCCGGUGGACGGGGAGACAGGAGAGAGUAUUCCAGAGCAGCUCCCAGGCAUUGGCUCACAGACUUCACUGUCUCUACAAGAAUGCUUGAGGCUGUUGGAGGCCACUUUCCCUUUUGGAGAAGAAUCUGAGUUUACAGCCCCGGUCGUCCCCCCGGAAAUAGAUUCCAAUGAAGAAGCUCCUUCUACAUCUCAGGGCCUUCCUCUGGCACCACAGCUGCCCCCGGCAGAGCCACAGUUAGACCUGGAGCAGCAGUGGCAAGACAUCAUGGCCAUCAUGGAGCUACAAGCAAUGGAAGUGAACAACACUUCGCUCAACUCCAACUCCAGCAGUGUCAAUGACACAAGUGGGACAACUGAGUCAAGCGUGGGAAACUUUGAACUUUCUGCUCCCUCAACACCGGUAAACCAGGAUGUCAGCCUUCACCAGGCCUCCCUCCCCAGCUGCAGCCAAGACUUCCCCCAGAUUUUCAAUCCUCAGUUGGACUCUAUUACCAUCACCCCAAGAACCACCAUGCCCAGACUUUCUUCCAGCAACUCCAGCAACAUCAACUCCACGUUUGGAGCCACUAACCUGACCGGGAUCUUUCUCCCACCACACAUUAAUAGUUCUAGUAACAACAUUACAUCCACACCUAUCCUGCCCGAUCCAUUCAGCACCCUGCUGGAAGAGUCCAUGCUCGAUGAGAUCAGCUUGCUGGACCUUGCCAUGGAAGAGGGCUUCAGCCAGGCCCAAGCUUCCCAGUUGGAGGAUGAGCUUGACUCAGAUUCUGGUCUUUCCCUGGACUCCAGCCACAGCCCGGCCUCCCCAAGCAGCUCUGAGACAUCCUGCUCUUCUGCAGCGUCUUCCUCUUCAACGUCUGCCACCUUCUCAGAGGAGGGAGCUGUGGGGUACAGCACCGACUCUGAGGUUGCCACUGUGGAGACAGAGGAAGGUGCUGUAGGGGGUUAUCAGCCUGGAUAUAGUAAGCUCUGCCGUAUGAGUUAUCAGGACCCCACCCAGUUCCACGGGCUCCCUCAGCUCGACAGCAUCAGCCACAAUCAUACUUACAACCUGCCGCUUUCCUCUGCGUUCUCUGAGCACCCAGAGCUCCCCAUUUCAACUGGGAAGAAGACUGUCCGCGACAAACAGCAUUCAAAGCUUCAACCUCAUCAGGACUUGCACGACAAGCACGCAAGCCGCGAUGAACGCCGAGCCCGGGCCAUGAAAAUCCCCUUCUCCAACGAAAAGAUCAUCAACCUGCCUGUUGAAGAAUUCAACGAGCUUCUAGCCAAGCACCACCUGAGUGAAGCCCAGCUAGCCCUCAUCCGCGACAUCCGCAGGCGCGGCAAGAACAAGAUGGCGGCCCAGAACUGCCGCAAGCGCAAGCUGGACACCAUCAUAAACCUGGAGCAGGGCGUCCAAGACCUGAGGCGCAACAAGGCCCGUCUGCUGAAGGAGAAGAUGGAGUUCAUUCGUUCCCUCCGGCAGAUGAAGCAGAAGAUGCAAAGUCUGUACCAAGAGGUGUUCACUCAGCUACGGGAUGAGGAGGGCCGGCCCUAUCCUCCCAGUGAGUACUCGCUCCAAUACAGCGCUGAUGGCAGCGUGCUGAUCAUGCCCCGCGGCGUGACAACUGCUGAGCAGAACCGAAAGCCCGAGAAAAAACAAAAAGACAAAAAGAAGUGAGGGGGGAAAGUGAGUUUAUUCUAUAACUUUGCUAAAUCAAUAAGAAAGAUUUCUGCAGAUGCAAGAGAGAUGUCCUUUUUUCCUUUAAGAAGAUUCUGGUGAGUAGAAAAAUGGCAUUGUUGACUACUCUUCCUGCAUUAGUUUCUCCCUUUUCAUUCUGUUCCUACAUUUUUUUCCUGGAAACAACUUUGAAGCAGAAGUAGCUCUUCGUUUGAGUACUGAUAUUUCAUUAUUUAGACGGGGGGAAAACAAAAAGCAAGGAGAUGAGGGAUAUAAAAGGACAUAAAAUGAGCUAUUAGAAAAAUUUUAGCCGCUCUUGAUCCUUUUGCACCAAACCACUGAGGAUGGAGAAGAUUUGUAGGGUGAAACAAGGGACUGGUAUCGAGAAAAGUGGGAGUAAAAGAACACUGUCAACAAGAAUGGUUGGAAUACCUAUGCACAGAAGGUUUUAAAGGAUUGUCAGAUCACACCCCACCCUGGAGACUUAGUGAUUUUUAUAGUCACUGUUUAAGUUGCAAAUCUUCAGGCAAAGAACAGCAUCUAUGGUUGUGAGAGUUUAGAUACCAAAGGCUACAGGAAGUUCAUCUUUUUAGGAUGCCAUUAACACCUAUACUAACCAAAGGUAUGGUGCACAUCACGUGAUCUGGAUACAUCUUAAAUGCUCAAACAUUGCACUCUAAUUCUGUAGGUUUGUAUCGCAAACUCCAGUUUUCGAGUCAAUUUGUCGAUUGCAUCUAAGUUUAGAAGGCCCUAAAGAGUUUGAUGCGUGCAAGGAGGAUGUUGAGACAAGAAAGAGUCAGAGGCUGAGUGUUCCCGGGCUGGCCACUGCUAAAAGAGGCCUGGAGGUGAAGUCCUUCAAGGGGAGCUGAUGGAUGUUUUAAGGAGGAGGCACACUGCAUUGCUAAAUGUAUCAACUUCCUUAUAAAUUAUACAUAGCACUGUAAUUUGUCUUUAAAAGGCUUGGCUAUAUGCAUUUUGCCGUGUCUGUUGCUGUUCCUUCGCUGCAGGUUUAAAUACGGGAGCUGCGUUUAGGAAGGCUCUUAUUAACUGUUCAUAAUCUGUAGUAUAAGCAAGGUUAUAGGUCUAGCCACAUCAGCUUUCUGUAAAAGUCUACACCCUCUUUGUUGAUUUGAAAACUUCACACAGGGCCUGUAAUCAUAUAAGGAAUUCAAGAUACUGUGAUGGGCCAGGAGCGCCAGAGAGUACUGUAUGAUUACCAUCGACUCCGGGCUGUCACAGAUCAAAGUUAUGGAUUAUUUGUUUUUUCUUUCCUCUUGGAUGCCUCGUUUUAAGCGUUAACUUUAAACAGGCUCAGUUGUCGCUGUGGUGUAGCGAUAUCCCUUUUAAGUUACUAAUUUGCCAACGUUACCCAACUGAAAGCCACUGGAGGCAAUUUUUUAACUGCUGUAAAGCCGAGGUGUUGGCUUGAAUAUUAUGAGUCCUGUUUUGAAGUUUUUGUGUCGAUAACAAAGUGAGCCAAAUUGUUAACGUGAGAUAAAAGCUAUUUGAAUGCGUGAAAUGACGGUGUGUGUUUUGGCCACUUUGAUUUGAAUGCCUUUAUUUCACAAUCUCAUUAUCUUCACUUAAAAUGUUUUGAGAACUGAAGAAAAAUGUUCUCAAAGUAGAAGUGCUAUUACUUGUCUAUUUGAAUGAAGUUUGUCAGUAUAUGUUACAUUGCCCUCUUUUAAAAAGAUAAAAUAGGUCAGUUGUUGCAGCUGAGAUAGCGGUUAGGCUAGAAUAAUUACAAGAGGCUGAACAGAACUCACAACAUUAAGAUGAUGUCCAAAAAAUAGUUUUGAAAGGAGAACUGUUUCAUUAAAUGUGAUAUUCGGGCAUGAAACUCUGGUUAACAUUCACUUCAGUGUAACCCAGUGCGACACCAACUAUUUAGUACUGCUACUACUUAGUGCACUUUUUUGUCUGUCUCGUUAUGUAAAUAUUUUCAUGUUUGUGUUUGUCAUGAUUUAUGUAGUUUGUCAGAUGUCUCCAUAACAGUCUCACCCUCUGCUUUGAGUUUGGAUGUAGUUCCCUCUGUUUUGAGAUAUUUGCUGGCAAUCAAGAAUUGUUUUUAUUGAUUAAUAAAGUGUUUUUAUUUUCACCCAUGA